AUAUCUUUCUCUUUACAGAGUAGAUUGUCAGUACAAUAAUUUUUAUCUUGAACUCGAUAAAUUUUUAUUCUCUACUCUGGUUAGUGAGGGUCCCGGUGCUGUUAUAAUAUACACAGCAUCGCCAUGUCACAUCAGAGGAAGAUGCUACAUCGCAACGGGGGCUCGGGUAACACCAACAGAGGGGGGGGAGGUGGUGGCAGUGGCGGACAGGUGCACACGAGAUCAACGGCCCUUCAUGCUACAAAGAAAGAACAAAGUCGAGGCCAGACCGCACUUUCCGACCAGCCGACGCAGUCUGUUCCUGUGCAGCAGUCUCAAGAUUCUGCGUCGAGGAAAUCCAACAUGAAACCUCUGUCCCAAGAGCCGCCAAAUAAGAGAGCGCCCUAUGAAACCGAACUGCAUUAUUAUGCUACGAAUUACCACCAUCCAAAGCUAGACCAGCGGUACCAGGGCCAUCACCAGAUGGUGCCGCCGCAGUACGCACCGCAGAACUAUCCGUACUACAACUAUGUGAUUCACACGUAUCAGAAUAUGUACCCGCCUCAGUCGGGCAUGCAUGCAACGGUGCCAAAUUCACAGAUAGUGUUUGACGACCAGCCCAACGUCCUGCCUGGGCUUCACGCCGAUUCGUCUCAAUCUUACUAUGAAAAGAUGCAUCCUACGCAUAUGUUGGUGCCGACGAAGCAGAGCGCGGGAUACUCUGGUUCAGCUGCGAUGCCCAAGGGUCCGAUAUAUUCGAAAAUGCCUCCCCCACCUUCUUCAGCGCCUCGAUAUGGCACUGCUCAUUUGGGCGAGCCCCCUGCUUUUGUCAAGCCGUCUACCAAGUUCACGCCCGCGCCCAAAAGGCCGUUGAGGUUUGUGGACCCUAAUACUAAGACGUACGUUAGCAUUGAUGACGAUGCUCAGCCAGCUUCUAAGCCCUCGGAACCUCCGGCCUCCGCGAGCGUUCCGAAAUCCUCGGCGGGCGUGUGCGUCUUUGAAAUAGACGAGGGAGGAGAGGAAAUCGGUCUCGCCCCUCCAAUUACCAGAAAGAAGUUGAUCAUCAAGAGAUCGGGGACGUACUCAGAACCGCCUUCGCACGAUCCGUUGGUUGCCGACGCAGGAGGCGACGCCGUUCCGCAGCAGACGGCGGAAGGAGCACGGCCUCGAUCGCCGGAAACAAGGAGUGAAGAGGCGCCCUCUCAGACCGCGGCCGAACCGACCUUGGCCGAGAGACUAGAGACAGAAUCGGCGGAGACCGAACACGUAGCAACGCUCGAAGAGAAGCCUGAAGAGGCGCCCGAAGAGGAGAAGCGCGAAGCGACGCCCGGAGAGGUGGUGCGCGAAGCGGCGCCCGAAGAGGAGAAGCGCGAAGCGGCGCCCGAAGAGGUGGUGCGCGAAGCGAUGCCCGAAGAGGUGGCGCGCGAAGCGAUGCCCGAAGAGGUGGUGCGCGAAGCGGCGCCCGAAGAGGUGGUGCGCGAAGCGGCGCCCGAAGAGGUGGCGCGCGAAGCGAUGCCCGAAGAGGUGGUGCGCGAAGCGGCGCCCGAAGGGGGGGUAUCAGAAGACGCGGCGAGUUCUGAAGGUUAUGGCGACGCGAAAUCCGCCCCUGCGGACGUUGCGAUACCCGGUGGGGAGGUGAUGAGCCCCCGCAAAGAGAGCGAAGAAGACAUCACGGAAGGGCAGGACACGAAGGCAGAAGAUUUUGCCGAGUCUUCUCGAGAAGAAGCGGCGGAUUCGGGUCGUUCCAGCAUUGAUGAAGGUGAAGAUGAAGAAAGGGGUUUUGAGAUUGUGUAUCCUCCUGAUACGUGGUCACCUUCUAACCCGACGGGAAAGAAGAUCUACGAUCGGGAUUUCAUUAUGCAAUUCCAGCAUUUGGUGAAGAUCAUACCGUCCAUUCAGAUUCCGGAAGAGAUAUCUCAGAGCAACAGCUCGAGAGGAGGCUACGGAGGAGGGCAUCGGGACGGGUUUUUCGGAGGCUCCAGGGGUCGGUAUUACACUCGCCCGUUCCAGGACAAGGUGCCGAGUGGCCGAGAGGGAAAGAAUGUGCAAGAUUCGAGAGGCCGAGCGAACCGGGAGCGGGAAAGCGUGAGAAGCGGUUCUAAGGACGGUUUUGCCGGGAAAAAAGGUCGGUCGGGCACUCGCCAACAGGACCACCGUUCGGGCGCUAGCGGAGGAUAUUCGUCGACUCCAAAGGAUCGCUGGUCUAAGACGAGACCUUAUCAAGCGUCGAACGACGCGGACGAGCUGGAACAGUCGACUCGCCUGUUCCGUGGAAUUCUGAAUCGUAUCGCGCCUGACAGUUUUGAUAUGUUGACAGAGAAGAUUUGUGACAACCAAGUGACCAACAUCGAAACCCUGGUGAAGCUCGUGGACAUCAUCACCGAAAAGGCGUUGAUAGAAACAAAAUUUUCUUCUUUGUAUGCCAAGUUAUGCAAGGAAUUGAAUGCCAAAUUACCGCCUUUGAAAAACCACCUUGGCGAGGAGCAGACCCUCUGUCGCAGCAUCCUGAACAAGUGUCAAUACGAAUUUGAGCUGAGGGUUCCGCCAACGCCCAUUCCGGACAGCAUCGUCGAUCCCGAACAACGCCUGGACAUGGAACUUGCGGAGGCGAAACGACACGAUAAAAUUAUGGGCUUGAUUCGAUUUAUCGGCGAGUUAUUCAACGAAAAGGUCUUGAAGCGGUUCGCUAUUCACAUCUGCAUCAAGAGUCUGUUGAGCACGAUAACCGAGGACAACCUGGAGCAGCUCUGUCUCCUCCUGACGACGACCGGAGCCAAUCUCGCUACCUACGAGAACAACACGGUCGCGGAGGGGGCCAUCGCAAAAUUCAAAGAAAUCAUCAACUCUAACGACAUACAGAUCAGCUCGCGCAUCCGAUGCCUCAUACAAGACGUGGUUGACCUGUCCGAAAACCAGUGGAAGCUACGGGGCGCCGCGGCUAACGUGAUGGUCCCAAUGAAACUCAGUGAAGUCCACAAAGACAUUGAAAGAAAAGCGCGUGAAAAAGAGCAACAGCUAUUUUUAGAUCGCAAGCAAACCUCCGGCAAAUUCUCUUCGAGACCCGCUCCCGUUAUCAGCAGUCCCCACCAAGGUCUCUCGAACGCCUCUUCCAAGCACCGACAACAUGGCAACUCGAUUCUUGCCGGCAGUUCGUCGUCUCGAAACUCGUUCAAAUCCCUCUCCCCGGCCGCCCAAAUACCACCCAACCGUCAAGCGGCCCCCGCUUCUCAGUCAGGCGGUGGACGACAGUACCCCUCCAGACCGUCCUCGAAGACCUCUGAUAUCUCCCCCUCUUCCGCCUCCACUAAGAAAAUUAACAUGUUUGCCUCUCUGUGCGAGGAAGAGGAGGUCGAACUCCCCGAACGACAACCGCCUCUCUCGGCAGACACCGCCGAAGCCGCUCCUAUCGAUCACUCCGAGGAAAUGGACGAUCUCAUCAAGGAGUUCAUAGAAGAAGGUCAACCACUCGACUUUAUCAAAUCUGUCCAAGAAUUCCCUCCAAAUAAACUCCCCGACUUUAUCUGUCAACUCGUCGUUCAAACCCUCGAAAAAAGCAAAGAACAAGUGUGUCAGUGGGCCGCUGAAGCCCUCUCCCUCCUCCUAAAACAAGUACACGCAGAAAAAAUACUCGAUGGAUUGACUCAGUUUUUCCACAAUCAACUAAGCGACAUAAAAGUCGACGUCCCAAAAGCCGACAUCUUCGCCGCCUGCAUCAUAACACCCCUCGUCCAAGACCAGUGCCUCACCAUGAAGGAUAUUGACCACUUCCUAGAGCCCCACAAGUCCAACAAACCCCUGAUUUUGAACUUCUUUGGCACCUUCUGGAGCACCCUCUCCAAGCGCGAUAUCGCUCGCGCUCGACAAAUCUUAAAACAAAACGAAUUCCGCCUAGAAAAGUGGUUCCCAGAUCGCCACGAAUUCAUCGACAAAUACCAACUAACCGAACUGUUCGAAAUGACCUGAUACCCAAAAACAACCGUUUACACGACAUUUAUGUACAAUAUAUACGUUAUACACGAAUUUGACCCUCG